GAUCGAUUAUGUGAUCACUGUCCGUGCGCCCCUGAUGGAGCCACGCAGGGCGCAGCUCUGUUGGUGACAGAUGAAGAUGUUCGUACCCCGCCCCCACGGUACCUUAUUUACACGUCCCCCCAGCCCUCUGCGAAACGGCAACAAACGCGCUCGUGAACGGUGGUGGUUCGAGCAGAGCGGCACGACGCGACCGCGCCUACCACGUUCAAACCGACCCAAACGGGACGCCCCUUUGCCCUCUUUUCCCUCGGUCUCCACCCGGCCCGCCGCUCACCGCUGCCAGCUUCUGCAGCUCGCACCGCUCCCGAGUCCGAGUCCAACAAGGCUUGAGCAGCCGACGCCACCCCGGUCGGUCGACCUCCCUCUCCCCACCGACACCGCGGGCCCGCACGCAGAGACCCCGCAUGUCACCGUCUACACUCGGUGACGGCGCGAGCAGGUUUCCAGCCGCGAGCCCCGCGACUGAUCUGAGCUCGUGCCUGGCUAGCUAGUAGAUGUCUCCGACCGUUGCCUUUAAGCUCGCACGCGAACCGUCCCACACUCUGCGCAAGCCACUGCCGCUGCCGCUGCCGCCGCCGCCGCCGCCUUCAGUCUCCGUCUCCACCGGUGCCCUCGUCUCCCAGCCGCUGCCGCCGCCGCCGCCGCCCCGUGAGAGCCGGCGCAGCAAUCCGGUUGCUUGGGGACGCAGCGAGGAUGGGCAGCACCAGCGCGUUCGUCAUCAGGUGGAUCAACUUCUUCACCAUGGUCAGUCUCAGCCCGGCCCACCUCCAUCCUUCCUUGCUCUCCCUUCUCCCUUCUCCAAUCGGAGGAGCCGUCCUGCUUUCGUUCGGCCUCGCUCGAGGCUGAUUCUCGAUUCCUGCUGUCCCGGCGGCUGAUUGCUGUUUGCUGAAAUACUGGCGCUACUGGUGGUGGGCUUCGGGUUCUGGAUGAGCACCCACGACGACGAGUGCAGGCGGACCUUGACCGUCCCCGUCAUCGCCCUCGGUGGAGUGAUCUUCCUCAUAUCGCUCGUCGGAUUCCUUGGUGCCUGGAAGAACAUCUCCUGCUUGCUCUGGACAUAUCUGAUCAUGCUGUUCGUGGUCUUGGUGGCAAUCAUGGUGUUCACGGUGCUCGCGUUUAUCAUAACAAACUCCGGAAGUGGCCAUACUGUUCCUGGGGCUAGGUAUAAAGAGUACCGUCUCCAGGACUACAGCUCCUGGUUUGUCAAACAGCUCGAUGACACGGAGAAAUGGGCUCGCCUGAAAAGCUGCCUGGUGAAGACAGAUGACUGCAAUAGCCUGUCGAGAAGAUACAAGACCGCGAGAGAAUACAAGCUCGCGGACCUCACUCCCAUGGAGUCGGGUUGCUGCCGCCCGCCAGCAGAGUGCGGGUUCCCAGCUCUGAACGCGUCCUAUUUCGAUCUGAGCUAUCACCCGGCGAGCGCCAACGCCGACUGCAAACUGUACAGGAACGCGCGCUCUGUCCGGUGCUACGACUGCAGCUCUUGCAAAGCUGGUGUCGCGCAGUACAUGAAGACGGAGUGGCGAGUGGUGGCUAUCUUCAACGUGAUAUUGUUCGUCAUCCUGUCGUUCGUGUACUUCGUUGGCUGCUGCGCGCGGCGAAACGCUGGAGGAGGCGACGCGAAAGGCCGUGGCAGGUGACGGGAUCACUUCUUCGAGGUGAAGUGAAGCGCUUGGCCAUCCUAUGUGGAGUUAGUUAAGCUUAGUAUCAACACCCCCCCUGUAAAAUUGUUCCAUCAAAUAUUCAAAGUUCCUUUGAUGAAGUACCAGGACCUGUCGCUGCCUAGUAAUACUCUGUUGCAAAUGUGGGCUGUGUUUCUUGGUGGUAAAAGGGAAUGUCAUUUCGCUCA